UUGAUGACUCAAACUUAUGCAAAGUGAAUAAUAGAUCAGACUAUUUAUUCAUUCCAACUUUGGAUAAUUCCAGUUCUCAGAACCGAAUACUCUACUAUUUUUAUUAAGUUGGUUAAUUUUCUAGAUAUCUACCUCAUCAAGAGUGAUUUCAAGAGCAUCGAAAUUCUAACUUUUUGCUUCUUUGCUCAUUGGCUUAAGAAUUGCUGCGAUACCUUUUUCAUAUCCCAUGCAUAUGAGAUUUAAGCAACAGUAGCUUCAUGUUUCUCUUCGAUUUUAUUGAGAGUUGCGUCAUCAAGCAAACUAUUUCCUGUGAAUGCAACUGAGUCAAUGGGAGCUUAUUCAGUGACAUUGACUCUGAACUUGCCUUGGAAGUCCACAAUCAAUGUUGUCUAGAGUAAGAUCUACAUUCAAUUUGGUUCAUGACUAACUUAUACUCUUUGGCUCCAGCUACAAUGCCAAAAAAAUUUGUUUCAUUAAAGAUAUCAAUAUUCUUGACUUUACCUUCAUCCCUUAUAAUCUCAAACUUUUUCCAGGUUUUAGACAUUGAUGGGUCUUUGACUUCAUAAGUAUUGCAGUAAAUAUCAGUCGUAGUCCAAUGGAUCAGGAAAAGAUCAACACACUCAGGCACUAACUUCUCAAGAGAUAAAUCCAAAUCUCCUUGUACAUUGUGGUAGCUAUAUCUCAAGAUCUUAGUCGCAUUCUAAUUAUCUACUCUCUUGAUACCUCUCUCAAAAUAUACCUUGAGAGUUUCCCAAAUAGCAGCUUCAUUUUUAUAAAGAGGUGUUGUGUCAGCAUUUCAUGAUUGCAUCAACUAAACUUUCAACUGGUUCUUCGGAGUCUUCUCACAGAAAGGUUCUAUCUCCCAUGAUUGGCUUUUAUUCCCAUUGCUCAUCUCAAUGCAUCAGUUAUUCUAAGCCGUUGAUGAAUUUGUGAAUAUUGGUUAUUAAAAGGGAAACUUUAAAUAGAUUCCCAU